AGUGCCUCGCAGAGGGGGGGAAAUUGUUAGUGUCGGAUUGGGUUUUCUUGGGCAGCGGGAUUGGUGAAAGGGAAUUCCCCCGCAGGAUUGCUGGGUGGUGCGGCCCGGGCGGGAGGAUUCCUGCAGGAGACUGUGGAAGAAGGGAGAGCAGGACACGAUGAGUGACGGUGACACAAACCCGGCCGCGGUCGCCACGCCUGUGCCCGACAUGUGCGGGGACGGAAGCUGGAUGUCUCUGCACAAUCACUAUGUGGCCAGCAGUAAAGACAAGGAGCCGGAGGUCGUCUUCAUCGGGGACUCCAACGUUCUGCUGCUGCACCAGCUGGAGAUCUGGCGGGAUCUCUUCUCCCCGCUACACGCCCUGAACUUUGGGGGACUGGGUGACGGCACCCAACACGUCCUGUGGAGACUGGAGAACGGGGAGCUGGAGCACAUCAGACCAAAGAUCAUUGUGCUUUGGGUGGGCACAUAUAACAUGGGGCACACGGCUGAGCAGAUUGCUGGUGGAAUUCAAGCCAUUGUGCAGUGCAUGCAGGAGAGGCAACCACAAGCCACGGUCAUCGUGCUGGGUUUGUUGCCACGAGGAAAAAACCCCAACCCUCUGCGGGAGAGGAACAGGAGGGUGAACGAGGUGCUAGCCGAAACGCUGCUGUCCGCGCCCAACGGAAUCUUUCUCGAUCUGGACCCGGGGUUUGUCCAGUCAGACGGCACCCUCAGCCACCACGACUUGUUCGACUACCUGCAUCUGAGCCGGCUGGGAUACUCCCGUGUGUGCCCCGCGCUCCACAAAACACUGCUGCAACUGCUGGAGGGCAGGGGCACAGCGCCUCAGCUCUAGCCCAUCCAGUCCUACACCCCAUGUGACGCUCUUCUGGGAAUCGGGGCGGGGAAAGGUUCUGUCACGGACGCCCCCUCCGCAGAAUCAGUUUUCCAAAGAUAGUUAAAGGGAAAUUGAUAGCUUGUCUCCUGCAUUAACCAACUGACCUUCCUCCGGAGCAUCGUUCUCUUUCUUCCUCCAUAUACUGGGCAGAAGCCGGACGGACAGACGGACCACCUCUGCCCCCCCGCUGUAGUCUUUCCUUUGUUUUUUUUAAAUCUUUUGUACAGUAUUAGGGGGUUUUCCAGUCUUUAAAUAUUGAUGACCUAUCCUUUGGUUGUAUCAGAUUGUGCGGGUCGGACCCCCGCAAUCAGCCGGCCUCAGAAGCUAUACAGUGGCUGUGCUGGGAUCCUGCAGCCUUCAAGGGAAUGGGGGCUGGGCUGCGGUGAGCGGGGGAGGGGGUCAUCAAUGUGAAAGAGCUGGACCACCCUCGUAAGUUUAUGCUUUUCUAUAUGUCAGUAAUCCCAUCGUGUAUUUCUGUGUAAGCCCCGAUCCAUUCUUCAAACUUAUGUCCACAACACUAAGAGGGGCCCGGGGCCCUCCAUGUAAUAAAUCUGUUGUGACACAAA